AGUAUUCCAUUGCAAUUCAUGUCGGUUAGCACGGCCAAGUGAUUAGUUCCGUAAGUGUACGCAGGAACGUUUUUUUCUCUCUUUAUUGUUCAAGAACAAGAGCCAAGUUACAACGUACGUCUAGUAGCGGCGGCGACAACGACGACAACAACGACAACGACAGCUAAGAAACAAACAACACCAGAAUAAAGAAGAAAAAUAACAAGACAUACACUCGUAGCAAAUUUUUUUUUUAAUUUUCGAUUGUCUUCUCCACAGUAAACGCAAACUCUAUUGAUGCGUCCAAUCAAAUAUUAAUCGGAAUUUUGGGAUUUCUUUUCUGUCAAGCGUGUGUUUUCUGUUCACGUUUUUCUUCACGAGUCUCGUGUAUGUGUGCCUUUGAUGUUUUGGAAUUGGUUUAAUCGUGUGACCCAUCGCGUUGAUGUGUGAUAACAGAGUUAAACAAAAGGGAAAACCAAGAAAUUGCAACAUAUAAUUUGUCUUGCACAAUUUUUCGUCUGUUUCUUCCGGUUCUUUUUUUUUCCUGUUGGAAAUCGAUGUGAAUGAUUUACACCUUACCAACUCAGUGAUUUCUUUUUUGACGGAAGCAGUGUUCAAUUCAGGUGUGACUUUAUUUUUGCUUUUCAAAGACAAAAAGCACAAUCCUAACGAGUACAAAUAGAUUUGGUGGAAGUGGUGCGACGUGAAAAAAUGGCUUCAAAUAACGUGUUUAAAAAACUCAAUAAGAAAAAGGAGCUCACCGACGACGAGCGCGCCGAAAUGAAGGAAAAAUUCGCUGAUAUUGAUAAAAACAACGAUGGUUUUAUUGAACUGAAGGAGCUAAAAGAUGCGCUAGACCAAUGCGGCUUCAAAUUGCCCGGCUAUCGAGUACGUGAAAUGAUCGCCGAAUACAGCAGCAAACAGAAUGUCAGCACUCAGGGAAAGCUAUCGUACGAAGAAUUUGAAGCAUUAUGCACGGAAUUGAAGGCAAAAGAGGUGGCCAGCACAUUCAAAGCGGUCGUAUCGAAAAAGGAGAAUGUCGAAACGUUGGGCGGUAUGUCAAGCCAGUCAGCAGAUGGUACAACACAUUCGGUGCGAAUGGAAGAGCAGUUAGCCUUUUCGGAUUGGAUCAAUUCCAAUUUGAUUUUAGAUAAAGACCUAAAACAUUUGCUGCCAAUUGAUGGCGAAGGCAAAACACUGUAUCAAAAAAUCAAGGAUGGAAUUUUGCUGUGUAAAAUCAUUAACCAUUCGUGCCCGGACACAAUCGAUGAACGUGCAAUUAAUAAGAAAAACCUGACCGUUUAUCGGGAAUUUGAGAAUUUGACAUUGGCUCUGGUGUCAUCGCAAGCAAUUGGCUGCAACAUUGUGAAUAUUGAUGCUCACGAUUUGGCUAAAGGAAAACCACACUUGGUGCUCGGUUUGCUGUGGCAAAUCAUCCGGAUCGGUCUAUUCAGUCAUAUUACGCUCGACAGCUGUCCGGGUUUGGCCACACUUUUGUUCGAUGGUGAACGAUUAGAAGACCUUUUGAAGUUGUCACCCGAAGCUAUACUGUUGCGUUGGGUCAAUUAUCACUUGGAACGAGCCGGUGUUGCCAGACGUUGCACCAAUUUCCAAAGUGACAUCACCGAUUCCGAAGUGUAUACCUAUUUGUUGAAACAAAUCGCUCCGGCCGAUGCUGGUGUCACAUUGGAAGCGUUGCGCGACCAUGAAAUGAGCAGCCGAGCAGAAGUCAUGCUACAACAAGCGGCCAAAUUGAAUUGUCGCAGUUUCCUUACGCCACAAGACGUUGUGAACGGUGUUUACAAAUUGAAUUUGGCCUUCGUUGCCAAUCUCUUCAACAACCAUCCCGGUCUUGAUCAACCCGAACAAAUCGAAGGAUUGGACGCCAUCGAAGAAACACGCGAAGAAAAAACUUACCGAAACUGGAUGAAUUCGAUGGGUGUGUCACCACACGUAAACUGGUUGUACUCGGAUCUGGCUGAUGGUUUAGUCAUCUUCCAGUUGUUCGAUAUCAUUAAACCCGGCUCAGUCAAUUGGACUCGUGUACAUCGUAAAUUUUCACCAUUACGAAAAUUCAUGGAGAAAUUGGAGAACUGCAAUUAUGCCGUUGAACUAGGAAAACAGUUGAAAUUCUCAUUGGUCGGCAUCGCUGGCCAUGAUUUGAGCGAUGGAAAUGCUACAUUGACAUUAGCUUUGAUUUGGCAAAUUAUGCGUGCAUACACAUUGUCGGUGCUAACGAGUUUGGCCAAUUCAAACAGUCCAAUUAUCGAAAAAGAGAUUGUUGCUUGGGUGAAUAAGAAAUUGGAAGCGGCUGGCAAAAAGAGUAGCCUACGAAAUUUCCAAGACUCAAAAAUUUCCGACGGCAAAAUUGUCAUUGACUUGGUGGAUGCCAUUAAACCAGGUUCAGUCAACUACGACAACAUCAAAAGCGGUGACUCUGAAGAGGACCAUUUGGCGAAUGCAAAGUAUGCAAUUUCAAUGGCUCGAAAGAUCGGUGCCCGUGUGUAUGCUCUGCCUGAGGACAUAACCGAAGUGAAACCGAAAAUGGUGAUGACAGUAUUUGCGUGCUUAAUGGCAAUGGAUUAUGUCCCGAACAUGGAUUCAGUACCGGAUCAAAACAACUCAACGCCCGUCGUUGCCACAGAAGCCAACGAAAUCAUAGAACCAACGACCAUUCAGAGCAAUGGCGAUUAGGCGCGGCUCGCACCACACUUCCCAGCACAACAACAACUAUAAUAAUAAUAUAAAAGGAGAAACAUUCAUGUAGUAUUCGUGAUGAAUUCCGAUUUCAUUAGUUUGAUAAGAAUCAAGUGAAAGAGAAUAAUUGCAAUCCAAAAGCAAAAUGAACCAAUGAAUAGAAACGAAUUGAAUAGUAAACAAAUGAAAAGAGAAAGAUGGAUGAAGAGUGUGUGUGCGUAGUAUGAACGUUGCGAAAACGUGGAAUGAAAGCAGAAGAGCAUAGAUUAAAACUGGGUUUCCGUUCGUUUAUUAAGUCAACUGCUAUUUCUGGAAUUUUUUUUAUCUUAUUUGUAUUCCAUGCUUAUCAUUCGAGAUAACACAGAAAAAAAGACACACACACACAAUUUUCACGACAAACUCGUUUGUUUGAAGAAGUUUUUAUUUUGCUGGAAACCGGAUACAAAGUUCUUGAGUCGUUCAAAAACAUCAGCAAUUUGUUUCAUUAGAAUUGUAGCAAAAAGAAAAAAAACGAAUUGUAUUUAUGCAUGCAACAAGGUUGAACAAACGCACUGUAAAUUUCGAAUGCAUUUUGAAUCGAUCAUCCAUUUCCUAUGGUAAUGACAUGGCGACAAAAUGCACUCCAUUUCUUUUCUGUACUAUGCGUUUUACGAUACAGUUUUUUCCUCUAUUUUUUUUUUUGGUUUUGUGUGCAAUAAUGUAAUAUUAUUUAUAUUCUUUAACAGAAAAAAAACAACAAAGAAACAAGCUGAUUUGUAAUUUAUGUAGAACAUUCUUUACCUAUAUUCGAAUAAUAUUGUCUUUUACAACAUCA